GUGUGACAACCAGUAUAACUGUAAAGACUAUCAAUGGGAAAUGAUGGGUGACAACCAGGAUGACUGUAAUGACUAUCAAUGGGAAAUGAUGGGUGACAACCAGGAUGACUGUAAUGACCAUAUCUAGGGGAUUACAGGACGGUUCCGGGUCAUCCCGGAGUAUGUGCACAUUAGGGUAUUUACAUGAGAAGCCUCCCCCAGCUCGGGGUGUACUGCGCCUUUAAGAGCUGUGAGGGGCGGGGCCAGCCGCGGCAUGAAUGAGCAGGAGCCGCGCGGUGCUGGGGACAGAAGUGCUGGAAGUUCAGAGGGGAGAGAAGGAGGCGCAGCCCGGACCAUGAGCCCCCACAUACCCGGAGCCCUGCUGGUCCUCCUCACCGGACAUGUCCUCCUCACCAUCCAGACCACCGAAGUCAUGCUGCUGGAUUUCGAGAAGAUGAAGGGAGAGAUCGGCUGGCUCACCAAUCCGUUUGGCAAAGGGUGGGAUCUCCUACCGGACUGGAGGAACGGGAGCGCCAUCUUCAUGUAUACCGUCUGCAACGUGCAGGAAGGGGAGCAGGACAACUGGCUGCGCACCAGCUGGAUCUACCGCAGCGAAGCGCAGCGCAUCUUCAUUGAGCUGCACUUCACCGUCCGCGACUGCAACAGCUUCUCCGGCGUUUCGGGAGCUUGUAAAGAGACUUUCAAUUUGUACUAUAUGGAGUCAGACGUGGACGUUGGCAUCAACUUCCAGAAGCGACUCUUCCGUAAGAUCGACACGAUCGCCCCUGAUGAAAUCACCUUGCAGGAUGACAUUAACACCCGCAACCUCAAGCUAAAUGUUGAAGUCAGGUCAGUGGGAAAGCUGACCAAAAAGGGAUUCUACCUGGCCUUCCAGGACAUCGGCGCCUGCGUGGCAAUUCUCUCCGUCCGUAUCUACUACAAAAAGUGUCCAGGGGUUGUACAAGGAAUGGCGCUGUUCCCGGAGACUGUCGCAGGUGCCGACUCCCAGUCCCUGGCAAAGGUUACAGGAAAGUGUGUGGAAAACUCUGUGCCAAUUGGAGGAGAUGAUCCCAGCAUGCAUUGCAAUACAGAUGGAGAAUGGCUUGUGCUCAUUGGACAGUGCGUCUGUGAGGCUGGAUACGAGAAAGUGGGAAACAAAUGUCAAGAGUGUAAGGCUGGAUUCUUUAAAGCUGAAGCCUCUAACAACCCCUGCCAGCCGUGCCCCGACCACACUGAACCCUCUACUGAAGGUGCAACUUCCUGUCAUUGCCAAGAUGGCUACUUUCGAGCUGCUCUGGACCUGAUCUCUACUCCGUGCACAAGUUCCCCUUCAGCUCCUCGUGACCUUACGGUUGUUGGCUCAGGUUCCAAGAUAAUGCUGCACUGGUUGCCUCCCAGUAACAAUGGAGGUCGAGAAGAUAUUAACUAUGUAGUCACUUGUGAACAGUGUUUGCCUGAACAGGGAGAGUGCCAGCCCUGUGAUACCAACUUACGAUACUCUGAAGACCCUCUCCACCUGAUAGGAACCUCUUUGACAGUCAGCGACCUGGAGCCUCACCUGAACUACACAUUUACUGUUGAGGCCAGAAACGGAGUGUCCAGCCCAAGAUCUGGCCGCAGCUACACAACGCUGCGCGUCAGCAUCAACCAGACCGAACCACCUAAAGUGACUUCUGUGAACAUGGACAGUCGCAGCAAGAACUCUCUGAGCCUGUCGUGGUCUGUGUCUCCUCGCCAGCAGAACAGGAUCCUGCGCUAUGAAGUAGCCUACAAUAAAAAGAAUGAUGAGAAAAGUUACACCGUCCAUCGAUGUGAGGGGAACUCCGUAACACUUUCAAAACUCUCCCCAAGCACGAUAUACAUUGUCCGAAUCCAAGCCCAAACUCCUGAAGCGGCAGGGACUUACAGCAUGGAGUACGAAUUUGAGACCCUCCCUGAUGAGCCAGAAGGUGCGAAUCAGACGGCCAUCAUCGCAGGGGCAGCGGCUGGCGUGUUCAUCAUUAUCUUGGUGAUAGCCUUUGUGAUAUUCAUCCAUCGCAGCAGAAGAAAUGGUCGCAGUCGCCAGUCCUCUGAAGACGUCUACUUCUCCAAAUCAGAACAACUGAAACCUCUAAAAACCUAUGUAGACCCCCACACGUAUGAAGACCCCAACAAGGCUGUGCUGAAAUUUACCACUGAAAUCUCUCCCAAUGCUGUUACCCGGCAAAAAGUUAUUGGAGCAGGGGAAUUUGGAGAAGUUUACAAAGGGAUCCUCAAGCUGCCCGGAAAGAAGGAGACUCCUGUGGCCAUUAAAACUCUGAAGGCCGGGUACACGGAGAAGCAGCGCAUAGAUUUUCUGAGUGAAGCCAGCAUCAUGGGGCAGUUCUGUCACCACAACAUCAUCCGCCUGGAAGGAGUCGUGUCCAAAUAUAAACCCAUGAUGAUCAUUACUGAGCACAUGGAGAACGGGGCCCUGGACAAGUUUCUGAAGGACAAUGAUGCAGAGUUCAGUGCCAUCCAGCUGGUGGGCAUGCUGAGAGGAAUCGCCGCUGGCAUGAAAUAUCUCUCUGAAAUGAACUAUGUUCACCGGGACCUGGCGGCUCGGAACAUCCUAGUGGACAGCCAGCUGGUCUGCAAGGUGUCAGACUUUGGACUUUCUAGAGUCUUGGAAGACGAUCCAGAGGCCACGUAUACAACCAGUGGUGGCAAGAUCCCGAUCCGCUGGACGGCUCCUGAAGCCAUCUCCUAUAGGAAGUUCACAUCUGCCAGCGACGUGUGGAGCUAUGGCAUCGUCAUGUGGGAAGUGAUGUCUUAUGGUGAACGGCCCUACUGGGAGAUGUCCAACCAGGAGGUCAUGAAGGCUAUUAACGAAGGAUUCCGGCUACCGGCCCCUAUGGACUGUCCUUCCGCUAUCUACCAGCUGAUGAUGCAAUGCUGGCAACAAGAACGCAACCGACGGCCCAAGUUCCCAGACAUUGUCAGUAUUUUGGACAAGCUGAUCCGGGCCCCUGAAUCCCUGAAGACAUUGGCUGACUUUGACCCAAGGAUCUCCAUCCGCCUGCCCAGUACCAGCGGCUCUGAGGGAAUGCCCUUUAGAAGCAUUGCUGAGUGGUUAGAAUCCAUCAAGAUGCAGCAAUACACAGAGUGCUUUAUGUCCUCACAGUUCAACACCAUGGACAAAAUCAUCCUGAUGCACCGGGAUGAUGUCAAGCAGCUGGGAAUCCGCUUACCAGGACACCAGAAACGCAUCGCCUUCAGUAUCCUGGGGCUGAAGGAACAGGCCAGCCAAAUGGGCAUCCCCAUCUAGGUGCAUGAAGAACAUGGGGGGGGGGGUCUUUAACCCCGUAUGACUUAUGACCAAACUUUCCUCAGACAGCGGAGAGCAGCAGGGGCCCCGGCGGACAUGGUGCAAGACCAGGACACACACGUGCUGCUCCGAGGGCCACCCUGGUGCUCUUUUGGUUCUUGCUUUUUCCUCUGUGGUGCUGAUUUUUGCCAGUUUUGGAGCGCAGUGGGGUGAGGCGGGAGGUGCGUCGUGUCUCAGGGGGGACCCCCUUUACAUCUUCAUAUUAGGAUCUCCUAUGACGGCCGACCACCCCACUGAUUGUAUGCGGCUCCACUGACUGCAGAAUGUGCUGUUUUGCGGAACAUGAAAGCACUUUUUUUGUUUUUUUUUUUAACUUUUUUUGGUUGGUUCUAUAAAUAUAGAAUUUUACAUUUUCGGAUAAAUCACAAUGUUCGGCUACUGGGCAGAUCCCACCGCGGCCCCCCCGGAGACAGACAUCUGGCCUGUUAUACAGAACACCCCCUUCGGGCAUUGAUGGAUAGGACUGGUUGGCGUUGGUUUCUUUGUGUCUGUAAUUUACAUUGAACAGAGGAGCCAUGGACUUGUGUUUUUUUUUUUUUUUUGAUGUGCAGCCGCGUUGCGGUGACACGGUACGAGCCGGGGGCCACAUUUCAGGACCACAGAUGUGAUGGUUUGCAGUGUGUACGCUCAGUCCCCCCCCCCCCCCCCCCCCCCCAUCCUCAUAAAGACUGCAGAGCCCGAUGCUCCUUCCUCCACUCGCCCCGGAUCCCGAUCACACAUCUGCUCCUUCCUGAUAUUGUGCAGGAAAUUGCACAGUGUUUUAUUGGGCCCCCACAUCGCCCCCCGCCUGGAGCGUAUAUAGCACAAGCGCCAUCACUGCGGCCUCCGCUGCGGGGCCUCCCGGCCUCCUCUACAAGUGCCUGAUGAUGAUGACGAUGAUGAUUUUUUUUGUUUUCUAACUUAUUCUAUGUGCCUUUUUUAUGUAUUGGCCUCUCUUCGCUCAGUGUUAAUGCUGUACAUUUGUUAUAAUUAUUUAUUUUUUUAUAUUUAUUAAUAGGUUUUUCUGAAUGCUGGUUAUAAGAGUUGCUCAGAAAUAAAAACCUGCACAAUA